AUGGUGCGACAUUUCAGUACACGGCGGCUGUUCCUUGGGGGCAAGAACAAUUGUGCCGUUUUGAAUAGCUCGCUGCUUCUUGGAGUCAUAUUUUUUCUGCUCUUUCUGCUGUAUCAGAGGGAUGCAACCACCUCCACCUCGGAUAUUUUGGCGACACCGCCACCCCGUCCGCGUAUCGUCUGUGUAAUUGUCACUUUCGAGUACCGCCACGAGCAUGCCGCCAUCCACAUCCAAAAGACCUGGGCCAGGCACUGCGAUCACUAUCUGUUCGUCAGUGACAAUGUGCAUGUGGCUCUGGAGCCGGCCGUGUUUCAGAAUAUUUGGGAUAAAUGGCAGCGGAUACGGGCGCAUCUGAAGUACACCUACAAGAAGCAUUUCCACCAAGGAGACUGGUUCCUCUAUGCCAACGAUGAUAAUUUUGUGUUCGUGGAGAACCUUCGUCAUAUGCUGCAGUCCUACAGUCCCGAGGAGCUCAUCUACUUUGGCUGCAAGUUGAGAAGCAGUCGAGAGGGUCUGGUAUACAUGUUCGAUGGCUCUGGAAUUGUGCUAAGUGCUGCCAGUCUUAAGCGAUUCGUGCUCGAGGCAUUAACCGAUGAAAACCUGUGCAGCUCCCAGAAUAGAGGCGGCGAGGCAGCCGAAGAACUGGGUCGUUGCCUGAGCAAUGUCAAUGUCGUAGCCGGCGACAGCCGAGACGAGUGGCAUCGACAUCGAUUCCUGCCCUUCGAGACGAACAUACACUUGGGUGGCCAGAUGAACAGCUCCAUUGAGCUCCACAGAUACUUUCUGGAGCGUUCCUACUACCCGGUUACUGAUAUGAACUUACCUGUCUCAUUGAGGUCGAUAUGCUUUCAUUUAAUGAGCAUGCCCCUAGCAUAUCAUUUGUACUAUUUCACUCAAAAUGUUCGGAUCUUCGGAGCACCACAGGAAUGGGACUCGGAAAAUUGGGGGCUCGAGAAUCAGAAUUUGUAAAAAUGAUUGAAUUAAAGAAUG